CAAGCACUCGCUCUCUCUUCCUCUCGUCGCCUCACCCGCGCACCCCGCGCCCUCAUCGCAAUCUGCCUCGCCCUCCUCGUCACCUUCUCAUACCUUAUCUACCGGCCUGCGCAGGACGCCUCCCUAGCACUGGAAGAUGAGCUCGAUAUGGAACUUUCUGCAGACCCGCUCGAUCGGGGCUGGGUACGCUUGCCCCCUCCCCCACCAGGGCAAGCAGGACUCGAAGGCAAGUUGGAGGCGAAGCGUAUGCCCUGGUGGGCGAAUGCCGAUGUAGGCGGGAGGAGUCCGUGGGACCACGUUCCCCGUCUGAGGGAGAAGAGGAUGCGCAUGCUUUUCCUGCUGACAUAUCAUGACUACAUGGAGCGUCCCAAUUCUGUGUUCUACGAAAUCGUCGACGCGGCACGCCGACACCCCGGACUGGAAGUCGCGGACGUAUGGGGCCCCGGCUGGGCAGACUGGGACGACACCGUCCCGGUCUCUGCGAACCUUGCGCGGCGCGUCAUCCCACCGGCGAGCUGUAACUGGGUCGAGGAGGACGUGGAGGUGUACGCGAGCGGGCACUGUUUUGCGAGCAAUGACGAGUUCUCCCAGGGCGGACCGGUGGGUUGCGGGUUCUACGAUAUCGUCUGGACAUUCUCGGAAUUUAAGGAUAAAGACGACCCUCUGAUGGACUACCCCGGGUGUGGCACGCUCAUGGUGCACCAGUUGGGGGAUUGUCAUAGUAAGAUUCGCUGGGUGUGGAUGCCCGAUCACGAUAUGGAGGUGGAUCAUGAUCCGGAUCAUAGUUGUGUACAGUGGUUCUAUCCUUGGCAGGGGAAUAUCACGGUGUCAAAGUACGCCUUCGAGAUGCUCGAAGUGUUCAAAUGGGACCGUCUUCGCCGGUUAUACCCGGGCAUGCAAAUGCAGCUAUUCGGGCACUCUCCAGACUCUGCCAACGAAUGGGACUUCUACCCACUUGACUGGGCCAAGAAGAAAAACGAUGCUGUCGUUUUCGGGCAUGACGGGCUGCUCUACCCGCUCCGUACGACCGUGACGAACGCGGCCCAGUCCCGUCCGCCACGAACGUUCAUCAAGCACCACGUCGCGCCGGAUUUCAUCAUCGCUCAUACGGAAGAAGAGUUCAUGGUCGGUGUCCCGCCUACGUACUGGACUGGCCAGCCGCAGUAUCGCCCGCAGGUGGCAAUACGCGAGGACUUUGCAAAGGGCAUGAGGGAAGCGAGGAUAUGCGUGUUCGAUAGUGUUGUCGAGAGGAAGAUGAUAAGGAAGUAUGCGCAGGCAUGGCUGAGUGGGUGUGUCGUUGCGGCUGAUUUACCGACUGAGCAAGAAGGUGACAUACGCGAGUUUAUGAUCGAGCUCAAGGCCUCCUGGCCUAUCGAGCGGAUCAACGCCGUGAUCCGGCAAGAACUUGCCAACCCCGACGCGCUGCGGCAGAAAGCGCUUCUCGGGUUCGCCUAUGCCCGCCAGCAACUGACGAACCUGGCCAAGGUCAGCAAUAUCAUCGACCUUGCGGACCGGUACCGGCGAGGUGAGAGAGGGUAUGAUAUGCAGCUUGGGUUUAGUGUGCGGUGCAGGAGCUACCAUUUUGAGGACGGGGCGUUUAAGCCCCCGUGGUGUGAGGGUAUUAGGGGGAUGGAGGAGUGAAUGAACGGGUGUAGAGGUAGAAGAAGGAAUGGGAAGGGAAAGGAGGAAGUGGAUCUACUGUAUGAAUAGUGCGCUUGGUAUAUCUAGGAAA